GUCUCCACCCAUCCUUAUAAUUAUAUAGUGUUUUGCCAGUAAGAGCUCAUUGAUUGUCUUCAUGAUGACCAUCAUCUCUCUGCUCCUGCUGGCCUCUCUGCUGCCACACCUGACCUUCACUGCUCGUGUGAAUGUGGGUAUAGUGAACGGCAAAGAAGCAAAACCCCACUCCAGACCUUACAUGGUUUCUAUUCAGAAUAACUUUGUGCAUAUCUGUGGUGGAUUCCUCAUUUCGGAUGAGUUUGUCAUGACUGCUGCACAUUGCUGGAAAGGAUAUCCAAAGAUUCUGUCGGUUGUGGUUGGUGCUCAUGACUUAAGGAACAGUGAGAUUUCAUACCGUGUCGAAGUAAAGUCCUACAUCCCACAUCCAUACCAUACAAUCUGUUCGCGUCAGAAUGACAUCAUGCUUUUGAGGCUACAGGAGAAGGUCAAACUAAACAACUAUGUUAACUGGAUAUCAUUACCGAAGGAAGGAGAUGUUAAUGGAGAUACUCUCUGUAGUGUUGCGGGUUGGGGAAGACUGCGGACGGAUGGCAUACCAAGCAAUCGUCUAAUGGAGGCAAACACGACUACAAGAAACCACGAAGAGUGUCAACAUAAAUGGGGACCCAAGUACUUUGCCUCGCAGAUGAUCUGUGCACAUGGUCAUGGAGGAUCCUGCUUAGGAGAUUCAGGAGGUCCUUUGGUUUGUGGAAACACUGCAGUUGGUGUGACAUCUUUUGGGUCCGUAAUACGCUGCAAUUCACCUGAGCAACCUACUGUCUAUACUAAGAUUUCAGCAUAUCUUCCAUGGAUUCACCAAAUUAUUAGAAAUAUUAAGUGAAAUAAUUAAAAAAUUAAGGAAGAAUUUUAUUUUUCUUGAAUUCUUCUGUAAAUCUCUCAAUAAAAAUGUCACAU